ACAACGUGGAUAAUGCAACGCUAUUGGUUUAAUUCAAAAAUUGCCUCUGAACUCUUGACAAGGACAUUUGGACUCAUAUAAUGAUUUGUUAACGGUAUUAGUUUGUAGGAAAAAGUAAAGGUGAUGCAGACAUAGGUUACCUCACCUCAGAGUGACGGUGGCCGAGUGAGAGUGUUAUUUUAACCGGGUCCUUGCUCAAAGUCGCCCCGGCAAGUUCCAUUUGACCGAUUCCUGGGAGAUUUGGAACGGAUUCAAUAACGAAGGCGUUAUCAUGUCUCAGACCCCAGAAGAGCACAGUACUGGUGUCUUGGGCCGGAUCGGGAGCUGGUUCUCCCCCUGGAAAGAAAGAGGGAGCCCCAGGAGUCCAAGUGACGAUGCCUCUCAGUCCCCGACGGAAGACCAGAGCCCCAGGCCAGAAGGAGAGGGGGCCCAGGAGGAGCCUGUGAGGGGACAAAAGGAGCAGCAGAAGGAGGGAUCGAAUUUCCAGCCUGCCCAGCGGCAUCUCUCCAGGGUUUUUGAGGAGUGGAACGCGGCGGACGCCAGAGCGUCUACCCACAGGGACAGCCCCCUCUCUGCAGCCAGCAGCCACAGCGAGUGGGGAGAAGGAGGAGGUCCUAGGGAGGAGGAGUGGUGGAUUGCCUCGCAGGGAGAGGAAACGGAGGAGGAGGGGGGAAGGAGCAGUGGAGCGAGCAGGAAUCCUGCCCCGAAGAGGAAUGCCAGCCAUCUGACACGUGUGCUUUCAUCUGCCCUUGAAGAGGGAGUGGCCUGGGAGGACUCUGACCGACAGGAACACACCCAGGCCCUGCCCCGAGCCCAAGUCCAGGCAGGCAAGAGGCUGCAUGUGUACCUGGAGGAGACGAGCCUGAGCCUGAGCCAGAACGGAACGGGCACCCACACAAAGCAGGAAGUGCCCCCCUCCAUCAUCACCACCAGGGUGAAGAAAAGAAUUCAGGUGGUUUCCAGAGCAAAAUCAUCCAAGAGUGUUGACUUGUCAUCAGAGAACACCAAUACAAAGGAGAGGACCGAGGAGCGCAAAAGGAUUUGUCUCAAAGCUGCUAUAGGGAUCAAAGGUCAUAGCAGUUACAGUGCCCUGGUGGGAGUGUCACUGAAGUCCCCCAAAGAGACACAGACGAGCUCACAUACCAUCCCUGAGCUCUCUGGUGAAGAGGAGUCAGACAGAGACACAGACACGAUGGGCCGUAAGAACUCAGGCAAGAGGCGGUCCAGGAAGAACUCCUCCGGAGAUGGAGGAGGAGCCAGUUCUCAGGAGAAUACGCCCACCAAACCCCAGCCUGGAGCCGAGAACUCACCUACAUCAUCAGAAUAUAACACACCUAAACCUGGAGACUCCACCCCCUCCUCUUCUAAAGACAAACAUGCUUCAGUUCCCAAAAUAAUACGCAGAGGGAAGGAGAGGGAGGAAGCCCAGGAGGACCUAGACGUACCAGUACACGCCACCCUGGUGGCCGUGGUGGACGGGGAAGGGGACAUGGACGUAGACGUGGUCGACAACAGUAGCCCGUGCCGGGUGGAGAGGCGCACGGAGAGCGCCGAGUCCAAACGCCGGAGCAUGAAGGUGUCGCACAGCGAGGUGAAGUUCUUUGCGAAGAAAGUGAUGGUGAACUCAGAGCAGCCACUGAGUCCAGAGGGAGAUGAAGAACACAUAGCCGUGAGCUUUGAGAAAGGAGGAAUGGCUACAGAAAAGGUCACGGAGGGUCAUGAUACAGCUAAGGGAAAGGGCAAGGUGGAACCGAAGGUGGCCAAGAGUCACAGACCACCUGAUUUAAAGAAAGUGGACGAGGAAUCCAAGACUCCUCAGCCUAUUGGGCGGAUCGCAGAUAGGAUCAGCCUUUUCGAGGGGAGAGCGAUGGGGGUUGCCAGUCCCAGUAAGACUUACCCCAGGAGUGCAGAUGUUUCUCCCACCAGGAAAGUCACAGAGCAGCUCAUAACAAAUGUAAACAGAGAGCUUGUGUUGCCAGAUCAGCGGGAGAAAUCGGUGGAACGUGGCGAUGCCAGGUCCAGCUCGGCCCCCCCUGUUCGGGAUAAAUUAAAAACGAUACGGGAGCGGGCGAGGAACUUUGCAGAGGCUCAGAAGAUGGAUGAUAAAACAAUGGUACCCCAAAAGUCCUCUAUUAUUGCAGGAAUACCUGAAAAUUCUACAGAUUUCCCUGCUUCUGCUGUGUCAAAGAUAACAAAACAGGACAUUCAGGGAAAACUGGCCAGCGGGGAAAAGACUCCUACUCGUGUCACUCCGAAGGCAGAGAUAACAUUGAAACCAGCGGAGCCAGAUACCACCCCAGUAGCGGUCAUGCCAGUUCCUGAAGCAGAUCAGACAGACUCCAAAACAAAGGACAAAGAGGCUACUGAAACAGUGGAGCUACCAAAGAGACCUACCAAUAUUGACCUAAAUACUUCAGUUAAAGGGGGGAGUAGCUCAGACUCAAGCCAGCUGACACCUCAGGUGGACUCAAUCAAUGAGGUCAGCCCACAAUCCAAAGCCAACAGCAGACAAAACUCCAGGUCAAAGAGACGGAAAAGCAAAGGAGGGGAGUCAGCCAAUCACCUGAGCUGUGACAUCAAACAGGAAGUGACAAACACUGAGCAGGAAGUGGUCAACAGCAAACAGGAAGAGGCAGGCACCACAAAGAAAAUGGCCACUGCGUUUGAGCAGGACGAUAAUACAGUUACAUCGCCACAAUAUAGUCAAUCUGUAGACAUAAAAUCAGAUGUUAAAAAAGAGUCUGUUAGAGAAAACAUACAGAAAGUAGUCAUUAAAAAGCCAGCACCCUCAGACAAGCAGAUUGAGUCAUUGUCAGAUGAAAAAGAAAAUUCUAACAAACUGUUAAAGGAAAAGACGCAAUCACCCACACCUCCAAACGUCAACAAAGACAAUAAAAUGGCUACCUCUGAUCCUAUCAGUGGAAGAAAGGGGCCCAAUAAUAAAACUGUAGACAUUCUACCCUCACAGAGUUCCAAGGGAGAGAAGGCAGAGGGGGGAAGCUCUGAGACGACCUCUACCAUUAAGACAAAUCAAAAUGUUUCCAAGGACAACAGCGAAACAUCACUGUCUUCACAUUUGCCUAAGAAAAAACAGACUCUUGUUCAAGACCCCUCUCGUGUGGAGCAAGGCUCACCUGUCCCACACGCUGAAGUCGACAACAGACCAAUGCAGCCUGAAAAGAAAGCGGUGGAAAUGGUAAAACAGCCUGAUAAAAAUACAGAUACAAAGUCAGAGAAGGAUUUGCCUUCAGGCAGUAGACAAGACACCCCUGAGAUAGCUGCUACUAAAGCUGUCCCACCCUCUGUAGCUCCUAUUAAACCUCCAGCCUCACUGACUCCUAUACAGCCUUCUCAGUCAGAUAAAACUGCCAGUGUUGUCACUCAGAUUGAUGAGACAGCGAUGGGAAAAGACAGUGAUAAAUGUGCAAUCGAGCCUCCUAAGGAAGGGUCGUCUACACGUGUGCCUGAGCAGAAAACAAAACCCUAUCAUCAGGACCCUGUAUUAGAAAAGCAGCAAACCAAGGUCUCAAAGCAAACCCAGUCUGUAAUGUCAUCUGAGGUGAAGAUAGAUAAACCUAGCCACGACACACCGACACACAGAGUGAGGCCUACCCCAGAACCCACCCCCUCAAUGCCUAGCACUACAGUGCCAGUAGUAGAGAAGGACACCUCUGUAAAAACAGAAAGCAAGGCCUCAAAUCCUACAGCGGUAGAUUCUACUCAGAAUCCUUCGGAGACCAAAGCCCCAGAAAAUACAAAGGGUCAGGGGGAGAAAGAACUACCUGGGCUAAAGCCGAAGAGCAGUGAGGGACCAAGACUGGAUGUUGGGAAGGAGAACUCCACAUCUGUAAAAACAGAAAGCAAGGCCUCAAAACCUACAGCGGUAGAUUCUACUCGGAAUCCUUCAGAGACCAAAGCCCUAGAAAAGACAAAGGGUCAGGGGGAGAAAGAACUACCUGGGCCAAAGCCGAAGAGCAGUGAGGGGCCAAGGCUGGAUGUUGGGAAGGAGAACUCUGCUGUAAAAGCAGAAAGCAAGGCCUCAAAACCUACAGUGGUAGAUUCUACUCAGAAUCCUUCGGAGACCAAAGCCCCAGAAAAUACAAAGAGUCAGGGGGAGAAAGAACUACCUGGGCUAAAGCCGAAGAGCAGUGAGGGGCCAAGGCUGGAUGUUGGGAAGGAGAACUCCACAGCUGUAAAAACAGAAAGCAAGGCCUCAAAACCUACAGUGGUAGAUUCUACUCAGAAUCCUUCGGAGACCAAAGCCCCAGAAAAGACAAAGGGUCAGGGGGAGAAAGAACUACCUGGGCUAAAGCCGAAGAGCAGUGAGGGGUCAAGGCUGGAUGUUGGGAAGAAGAACUCCUCUGCUGUAAAAGCAGAAAGCAAGGCCUCAAAACCUACAGCGGUAGAUUCUACUCAGAAGCCUUCGGACACCAAAGCCCCAGAAAAUACAAAGGGUCAGGGGGAGAAAGAACUACCUGGGCUAAAGCCGAAGAGCAGUGAGGGGCCAAGGCUGGAUGUUGGGAAGGAGAACUCCACUGCUGUAAAAGCAGAAAGCAAGGCCUCAAAACCUACAGUGGUAGAUUCUACUCAGAAUCCUUCGGAGACCAAAGCCCCAGAAAAUACAAAGGGUCAGGGGGAGAAAGAACUACCUGGGCCAAAGCCGAAGAGCAGUGAGGGGCCAAGGCUGGAUGUUGGGAAGGAGAACUCCACUGCUGUAAAAACAAAAAGCAAGGCCUCAAAACCUACAGUGGUAGAUUCUACUCAGAAUCGUUCGGAGACCAAAGCCCCAGGAAAGACAAAGGGUCAGGGGGAGAAAGAACUACCUGGGCCAAAGCCGAAGAGCAGUGAGGGGCCAGGACUGGAUGUUGGAAAGGAGAACUUCACUGUAAAGACUAUAGCCCCAGAGGUAAAGAAGCCAGAGGAUGUGAAGGAGUGGAACACUCUACCAAGCCAAUCACAGAGUGAGGACAGAGAAAAGACAGUGAUGUUGCCCAAUGGAAAGCUAGCAGAGGGAAAAUGGGAUGCACUUGAACAAAAGUCAUCUACUAGUAGGUAUACUACUACUGUGCAAGAAAGGACAGCUGAUGACAAGCAAGGAAUUGUGGUAACAAAUUCUACACCGGUUGUGAAUGUCGAGAUCCGCCCGGCAACACAACCCGAGACAACCAAUGAGAAAUCAAAAUUUUUCCCCAGUCCAGGCAAAGCUCCGAAGAUACUCUCUUCUACUGAAACCACUAAAAAACAGAGCCCAGUCUCUCCCCAACAUCCAUCUCUGAAUAAGCUCCCCUUACUGGGGGGCGGUGGCAGUGGCUUGCCCCUCCAACGCGACACCCCCUCCAGCUGGCUAGACGUGGACCAUCGCUUCCCCAAGCCGAAGCUCCUCCGCCCCGCUGAACCCAAGCUCAGCUCAUCGGUCAGCGAGAGCAACCUCUUGGACACGUCCGGAGAACUGGACGACGAUGACUUCAUCGAGAACAUAAAACGCCUUGGCGUGCCUUUCUCGUUGCCACCGCGGCAGAACCACCACCACCAUCCUCCCAAGCCACCGUUCGCAAUGCCCGCCAUCCGGGAGGACCGCUUCGAGAAGACUUUUGACCCAGAGGAGUUCCAGUUCGGCCUGAGGAAGAAGAGGGAGUUUUCUGUGGAGACGACACAGAGUCUUCUGCCUAAGCUACAGAGGAACCGGGUCAAAGGGGAGCUGAAGCCGGCCAGGGCCAGCAUCACGGACCGGGACAGGGGCAGCAUCCUACUCAAGAGCCUCGACACCCGUUCCAGGCUCGUCUUGGAGAGGGAGAAGACCACCAUGGAGGAGGGCGAGGAGAAGAUGAAGGAAGAGGGUGGGGGGGGGGAGAAGAAAGAGGAGGCGAAGGUGGUGAAACCUCGUAUGUCACGCUUGGAGGGGAGCUGUAUCCUUAGUAGCCUGAACAGCUCCUCCACCAGGGGCAAGAGGCCCGGAGAUGGACCCCAGAUGGACACCACUCCGGGUGGGGAGGUGUCUCCCACCGAGGCCCCUCACCUCCAGCCCAGUCCUUCACCAGUCACUAAGCCAUCCCAGACUACCCCCACUUUCUCUGGGGAGCUCAGACAGGCAUUGGCCAAACAGCCCAGCCCUCCACCACCAGUCCCCCAGACUUCCCCCACUUCCUCUGUGGAGGCUACCAUCCAAAGUCGUAACCUGGGGAACAGGCCCACUGCCCAGACUGCUGUGGUCAGUGACUCAGCUUCUCCGUUCCCGUCCUUUAACGACAUCAAGCUGCCGGAGUAUUUAGAGAAGUACCUUCCUCUCCGAGAGCCUGCUGGGAAACUAGAGCUGAGCACAGGGCAGGAACCGCUCAACUCAGAGGUUAUUGGAGGGAUGAAGCCACUUGAAGGAGGUGGUAGAGGAGACUUGAAUAUCAGGCCUGGACUCCUAAUGCUGGAUGGAAGACCUCCGAGUCGUCCUCUGGUUCCUCCAUCCUCCCUACUCGAGGCCAUGGCCCCUCUGGCUGGCCCACUAGGGACUCAUACUGACCAUAGAGAGGCUGUGAAUGGAUUCCAUAGGCGACCAGGAAAGAUGGUGUUGUUUGAGCAUGACCAGUUUAGCGGCCAGGCUUAUGAAGUCUUCAGAGACAUGGUGGAUGCCACCCAGCUCCAACUGUCUCCCAGAAUUUUUGUGAAGGUGGUGAGAGGAUGCUGGGUGCUUUAUGAGAGGCCUGGGUUCGAGGGGCGUUCCAUUGCCCUAGAGGAGGGGCCUAUUGAGCUGACCAAUGUCUGGGCAGAUGCAGGGCCACCAGGUUCACACCCCCAUGUCGACAUACCAAUGGUCAUCGGCUCCAUCCGACUGGCUGUAUGGGACUACAGCGUUCCCCAUAUUGACUUGUUCACUGAGCCAGAGGGCCACGGCAGGCUAGCACCGUACCAUGACGACACAGUAGAGAUCAGCUCCUUCGGUAUCCCACAGAACACAGCUUCCAUCAAAGUCAACUCUGGAGUGUGGUUGGUGUUCAGUGACCCAGGGUUCCAGGGCCUCCUGGCGGUGUUGGAGAAAGGGGAGUACCCCUGUCCCGAGGCCUGGGGGUUCAACACACCCUUCAUCGGAUCCCUCAGACCCCUCAAAAUGGGUGCCUUCAAGGUGGAGAAUCCUAAUGAAGUCAAGGCUGUGCUGUAUGAGCGGCCUGGCUUUGAGGGAUCCUGUCUGGAGAUCGAUGGGGACGUGUUCUGUUUUGGAGAUGAAGGAGAUGAAGAGACAUCAAACCUGGAGUCAAACAGACUGAAGUCAGUGGGCUCUGUGAAGAUCCUCAGAGGACUCUGGGUGGGGUAUGACCAACUAGGGUUUGAGGGUCACCAGCAUGUCCUGGAGGAAGGAGAGUACCUGGACUGGAGGGACUGGGGAGGAAUGACUGAUCAGCUGCUGUCUAUACGACCUGUACUGACUGAUUUCAUGUCACCACACCUCAAGAUGUUCAGUGAGAGAGACUUUGGCGAGCUGGGCGCCAACAUUGACAUCUUAGAGCCUAUCAUCAAUAUAGAGGACACCGGCUAUGGGCUGAAAACGCAGUCCGUCGACGUUAUGGGCGGAGUAUGGGUGGCAUUUGAGGAGGCAGGGUUCUCUGGAAAGGCGUAUGUGUUAGAGAAAGGCCUCUACGGAAGCCCAGAGGACUGGGGGGCCCUCAGCUCCAAGAUCACAUCCGUCAUGCCCAUCAUUCUGGAUAAUCUGGGAAAUUCCUCCAAGUUCAAGAUGCAGUUGUUCUCGGAGCCGGGGUUCCAGGGUUCUGUCCACAUUGUGGAGGACAGUGUUUCUGCCCUGCCACAUGGCUUUUCCCUGGGUUCCUGCAAGGUGCUGGCUGGCAGCUGGCUGGCGUUUGAGGGCCAGGGCUUCACUGAGAGGAUGUAUGUGUUAGAGGAGGGGGACUACCCUGAUCUGAGGGCCAUGGGGUGUGUGGAGCCCAACUCCUCUGUCCUGUCCCUGCAGACUAUUGGCUUUGAGUUUUCGCUGCCCUCUGUCACCCUGUUUGAGAGGUCAGGUCUGCGGGGAAAGAGGGUGGUUCUGACCGACAGCUCGGUUAACCUGCAGCUUGCCGGAGGCUGUAGCCUGGUCCAGUCUGUCCUUGUGGAGGGCGGCAUGUGGGUGCUGUAUGAGGGGAUCAACUACCGCGGAGCUCAGAUUCUGCUGAAGCCCGGCGAGGUGCUCGAUUGGCGAACAUUCAGUAACUGGCAGCGAAUCGGAUCCCUGCGCCCACUGAUCCAGCGACAGGUGCACUUCCGGUUGAGGAGCCAGGAGGGCCUUCUAAUGUCUGUCACUGGGGAGAUGGAUGACAUCAAGCUGAUGCGUAUCCAGGCAACGGAGGAGAUGGGCGGAGUCGAACAGAUCUGGUUCUAUCGGGAUGGACAUCUCCACUGCAAGGUGCAGGAGGAUUGCUGUGUGGCUCCGUGUAGCGUGGCCAUGACAGGCAGUCGUAUGGGCCUCUCACCUGAGCCUGGCAAACAACCCUCCUGCUGGAGCAUUACGCCUGAUGGCCUCAUCCGCUACACCGCCAGCCCCGACCUGCUCCUGGAGGUCAAAGGUGGUCAACAAUAUGACAGAAACCAGGUGAUUCUCAACGCGUUUGAUCCAAACAAACCCAACCAAAGAUGGACAGUGGAGAUACUCUGAGGUCUUGUUUUGAGAGGGAAGAACUUGGUGUAGUCUCUGAGGUGCAGUAUGAUGAGAGGCCUCAGCGCUCUGUGACGCAGCUGCAGCGUGGGCCCCAUACAAGCCUCAAGGACAAGAUGCCUCAGGAACAGAACAUUUGCUGCUGGAAGAGAAGCUUAUAUACAGUAUAAUCUUUCCUCUGCGAUCAACAUGGAAAAUAUAUCAAAUUUCCUGGAUAAUCUAUAAUAUCGCAUUACUUCUUCUCGAACAAACAGGGACAAAACAAUAGUAUUCAUUACUACAUUAUGGGAAAAUGGACUCAGACUAAACUUGAAAUACUUUACCUACCCUUUAAUAUCUGAUAAUAUACGAGUUUGACAUUGUUGAUGAAUAUGUAUUUUUUUGACAUCUUAUUCCCUUCUGCCAUUGAUGUCCUUAUGUAAAUAAAUAUGUGAUGUGAUUA